AUGGCCUCCGACUUUGCUACUGCGGGCGUCAAUCCUGCCGCUGGCGAUGGAGCCGUGGGCGAAGAGAACGAAGAGAAUAUUUUGAGGGCGCAUUAUUUACGGGGAUUGGAGGUUGUUAAAGCCGGGUUAGCUCGUUGGUACAAUGCGACUGGUAGCAACUACUUAGUCUGGUUCUAG